CAUACGAAAUCCGUUCAGUUCCCGGGCUAACGGCGAGCACAUUCGCUGUCAAAUGUUCGCCUUUUGAUCAUUUUUAGCUGCCGCCGAUGGAGGUACUUUGUUUUCGUUUUUCUUAAACGCGGGUGAAUGUGCACGCGAACGUCCGCUUAAGUUUCCCCCCGUCUGCUUCCCUCGCGGCGCGAUUGUAAAAAUCGAAAAAGCUUUGAUUCGUUAUAGGAAAAACGUACAGGUAAAAGUGUUUCGGUAAUUGGGACGGUAAGGUUUUGGAUUGUGGCCCUUUUCGCCGAUGGAGGAAGCAUUUUUGGAGAAGAAUUCGGAAGCUGCCCCGAACGGGACUAUAAUUGGUUAAUGUCACGGCGUGAGGAACAAAAGUACGACGGGAUGUAACCGGCAGCUAUAGCGUUCCACUAUGGAUGUUCGAUGGUCGUCCGACUUCAUUUUUCGUGUCGCCUUAAUCCUCUUCUCGCUUCACUUGACGUCCACUUUUAAACAGCAAGGAACUUGUUACUUUCCGGAACGCUGGGAAGGGACAUGGUUUCAGUCAGGAGUUCGACAAUCCAUCUUAAUUGAAGGACCACGUCUAAGCAGUAAAGGUCGAUGUUUAGGGUCGGAAGGAGAUAAGUUUUUGUUAGUUGACGAUAAAAGGGCCUGUUACCGUUGUGUUGUCAUUCACGAAAAGCACGCGAAUGUCCUGCAGUACAAAGAAACUUUUUGCCAUAACAGAGACUCGUUGCCAACGCUCUGUAGUCUGAUAACUGGGGACGCUCUGCUAUAUUCCAUGUUUAGAGAAAACGCGGCUCCCGUGCCCUGUCCCUUCAGGGGACCAUUUACCUUCACGUAUAACAGAGGACAUGGAGAAUGUCGCUCCCCCGUGUCCAGUAUCGAUACUUGCACGGAAGAUAGUAAAUUGUUAUUAAGUUACCAAGCUUGUCCCGACGUCCACGGCUCUGAAAGUACAGUGGAAGAACUCCAAUGCCUUGCCGUGUGGAAGGAAGGCAGCUCCAGAUAUCUCGUGGGCAGAGUACAUCACAGCCACGCCACAUCCAACGAGGAUCGGUUCCGAUGCUUCGUCUACGAAAAGGCGCCAUCAUCUUCCGAAAAUAUCGACGGAGUCGACUACAGAGUUGCUCAGAGCGGAGACGCGACCUGCAACGGCUUAUUCAGCGCAACCGAAGGUAGCAGAACGAUGACCCUAAAACGAGCCCCGGCUGUAAAUAAAUGCCGAUUUCCAAUGUGGAUAGCGAGCUACACCCACUGGCACACGCUAGACUACUCAGUCAGUUACAGCUUUCAUCACAGGAACUCGACGUUGAGGAUAAGCAAUUCGAGCGGAGUCGAAAUGAAAAUUGUAUGCGUGCAAGUGAAAUAUCCCUCCGCUGGACGCAUCGAUGGGCACAAUCACGUACUGUUGGUGACGCAUUUCACUACGGGCUGCCAAACUGGCUUCACUUGCAUGUCCUUUUAUCGAAGGGACAGCCACGUAGCAGAAAUACAAAUUGGAUCUCAUGCGAAGCGUCCGGAGGACGCCUGCGGCCCGCCCUUUUUCAACAGGACCAAUUUGCCAUACGUCACGUUAGUCACUAGCGUCGUAGAUCAACCUACGAAAGCUUGUCCUUACAUGGGAAAGUUCGACGUAGAUAAUCUCUACAGAAGAGACGACAAUCUUUACCCCAAGUAUUCCCAGCAAGAAUCCGAAGAUCGGUAUUUCGACAAGAAAUACUACUUGAGCAAAUUAUCUAACCACGAACUGGUAGAAGAUAUCCUAGUCAGAUCGAAAAGAGUCGAUCCUGACAGCGACUGUGAUAGCAAAGCGUUUUCGAGUUUAGUGAUUGGCUGUAACAACCACGACGUGAUGGAGUUCAAUAGCGAAUGUUCAACUCCGGAUUUAAUUACUUCCUACACUUGUUACGGACAAUGGGAGGAAAACGGAACGAACUAUUUGAUUACGGCGCCUGUAAGUAGAUCGUAUGGAGGUAGAAGAUUUUGUUUUAUGUACAAAGAAGUCAGUCCGCAAAUGGUGUCCUUUUCGGCUUCAAGCUUAUGCAAUCGUCUAAUUCAACCGGGUAUUUCGGGUGAACUAGUCUUCAACGUUACUAGCACAGGUAAAUGUGCCAUAUCCAGCGUGUCAGCAAUAGCGAGGCCGCCAUUAUUGUUUACCCUUUUAAUUCUUACGUUCUCCUACAAAAUUCUAAAUUCUUCAAUAAGUGUUCAUGUUCCAAGAUGAUUACGACACCACCGGUUUUAGUAGUACAUGAACAAAUAUUGUGAGACUGUAAAAAAUCAACGGUUGUGGUUAAAUAAAAAAUAGGAAGAAAUUCGAACUAUGUAAGUUCUUUUAAUAAAAAACAAUAACUGGUAAGGCGAAGCUGCGAGUUUUUGGCGCAAUGGACGUUUUUUUGGAUCACUAGUAAUUGCGAAAAGAACAUGUAGUAACCGGUAGUCUUCUAUUAGAAUUUAUUUUAGACUUUCAACUUUGAAUUGUAAAAAGGCCGAUGUGAUUAAAUUUACUUUAAAAGAAUUUUCCAAUUUUUAGAAAUAUUAGUUAAAGAUAUUGAUACGACGAAAACCUCGAAUGCUGAAGUUAUUCUUAUGGAGCGCUAAUGGCGUCGUCAAUGCUUAUAUGAAUGGAGUCGCUUUCAUAGAAACGUAAAGAAACUUUAAAUACUAAUAAGCUUGUUGUCCUUUUGAUCGUCUUCUUAUAGGUCUCUAUGAGUGUCACAUAAAAUAGUUGUUGUAAAAGACGCACCUAUAGGUAGUAUUCAGAGAACUAAGCUAAGUCUCACCCUACAUUACUACAGCAUUUUACACAUCUCAACGAUACAGGCAUAACAUUGGAGUAAAUUUCCAGAACAAGCUUUAGUGGUAUUCGCGAAAAGCUGAUCAGAUUGAACCAUUUUUCACCUUUUCUUUUAAAAUACACGAUAUUCAUAAAAAGAAAAAGAUCAGUAAUUAUGGUUAACAUGAAAUUUUAUUUUUAUUUUUAUUUAUUUAUUUUUUGAUAGAUAGAACUUUGUUUUAAAAAUGCAUUCUUGUUAUACAGGGUGUCCUAGGCGUGUUCAAGUUUUAUUCUGUUUUAUUUAUUUAAGGUGGGUUUAAUUAAGGUUUGAUGAACCUAGAACAGUUGGUGCGUUUUUUAUCCAACAUUUAAACGAUAAAACUUGUUUAAUCAAAUAUUAUAGUGACCUAUUAUACCGAAUUAGUAAAAAGUACCGAACUCAAGAAUAGUGAACUCUUUUAUUGCCUAAACUGGUUUCAGAUGGAGGUAACUAAAUUUUAGAUGGUCUGGAUAUUUCAGAAGUUAAUCGACGGUCGGGUAUUAAAAUUACAUUGAAGAUAUUUUAAGAUACUUUUAAUUGUCAUUAAAUUUUAAUUAAUUGUAUUUUAUAUAAAAACCAUCAACCAAAUGAAAAUAUUUUUAAUAAUUAUAUAUAGCCUGUAGCUAGUCCCCAAAAAUCCCAAAAGAAUAUUACUCCAAGUUAGGCAGUACUGAGAUCACGAUUAAAGCAGGAUCUCCGUUGGGAAACUACACAAAAGUAAAGCAAGCAAAGUAAAUGAUAACGGAAUUUUUGGGUGUUUUACUUAGUGUCCAUGUUCUCUGCAUCACGAAAAAGGGUAUUAAAAUUUUUUUUUUCGCGAUGCUAACUCUCCACCAAAGAAAAACUGUCAGCGUUACCUUUCUGCUAUUAAUAUCUUUAACAUAUCCGCUCUAGCAUAAGGAACGAUAUUAUAGAACCGUUACCGUAGGUUUGCGAUAAAAACUUCGAUAUUACAAUAUCAUAAAAUUAUUAGUUGGUCGCUCGCACACCUGUAGAAAUAAUUGUUAAAAUGUUUUUCAAAAUACGCACCUAGAAUCGAAAAGCAAAUGUACAUUAUGCAGCCGUCUCUUAAGUGCAGUUUUGAUUUCCUUAUAUAUUUUUCGAUGCCUCAGGCAGAGGGUCAAAGUGUCGAGAGUUCUACACAAAUAACAGACCAUAGUAUAAAUCAACUAUUUCCUCCUGUUUUUAAGUAUUAUCCUAUUCAAUAUAUAUCGGAUAUUAAUUAUGAAAAAAUGUUGCACAUGCAAUAUUGAGGGCUUAUAUCUCAACAACUAACGAAGAAAUAAUUUUGACUAGUAUUUUUCAAUAACAAAAUGUGGUCGUGCAACAUAUACAGGGUCUCUUAAUAAGGGAAACGAGGUACGAUAUUAUAGACACGGACAAUCCCUAAUUGUUAUGUCAAAUGUUAAAACGCGGCUUCUACAGAAAUUUCUAAAUUUAACCAUAUUUACAUAGUUUUGGUUAAUUUUCACAAUGGAAUUAAUUACAUUGAACGCCAUGUAUCUCCGAAACAAGCAACAUUUGUAUGAAAGGAGUUGGGUUCAAUCAUUCUAAUUUUGUUUCUAGUACAUCCAGUUUAGAGAUUGCCCAUUGUUUGAAAAUUAUAGUUUCUAUUUGAAGGAAAUGACUUGAUAUGAUGAUAUUUUCAUUCAAAUUUUGUUUAUUUUUCUAUUUUUAACAUAUCAACACAGGUCACGAUGGGGUAAAUCUUCUCUUAUAAACAAAUCCGAAAUAUGUGCUCCAGUAAUGGAAACAUCGGUCAAAACAAAAUGAUGGAAAUGAUUUUCGAAUAUGCAGUUUCUUAUUUAAUGCUGUUUGCUCUAUCUCUGGAACUAAAGUGAUGGCUGGUGUUGGAAAUUUUUCUUAAAUAAAUAUUUUAACAAACCUGGGCUCGUUAAAAGGGGCUUAGGCUAUCAGUCGUGCGAUUGUUAUUGCUUACCGCCACCAGGUCGAUUUUACAUCGCAAACUAAAUAAUUUUCUGUGAAAAUAACAAAUGCGACGAUAUGAGUUUUUUCCGAAAUUAGAUAGCUAUUGGCAACAAGCCUCAUCUAAAUAUCUUUAUCUCAACCUAAAAUAUGGAUAAAAGAAUUAAAUACUAUAAUUGAUGUUUGGAUGCGUAUUGUCACUUACAAGUGUUAGUGUUACUUAAGUCAGUAAUUCUGACUUAUUUUUAAGAACUUAGUUUAAAAAUUCUGGUCAUGGGUUAUUUUGUUAUGCGGAAAACCAACCAUCGACACUGAAAAUUAGCCUCGAACUUUGACCUUGGAAUGUGUAUUACGAAAUUUGUGUCUUAAAACUUUCUUUUUAUUGCGUAUCAACGGAAGUGCAUUUACUUUUCGCAUUCUUCGUACCAUAGAACAAAUCUUUUAAUCUGUGAUUGUUUUUCAUGGAAAAUGAAAAAGAAAAAACAAACAGCGGAAAAUGAUGAAAAAUGCAGUUAUAAAUACAAAGUAUUUUUGCACAGAAAACAUUUUUUCUUAAAUACGUGAAGCGUUAAAUGAUACUGAGGUGAUAUUUUUGAACCAGAAGCAAUAUUACAAACCUUUUCUUUGGUUUAUAAGGAUAGUGUUCUUAUCGUUGUUUUUGUUUAAAAAAUUAAGGUUAUUUCGUAAGCAAUAAUAUAAGAUAGUAUAUAAGAACAUUGUAUAAAUAUACAAAAAGUUGACAUAAUGUACCAUGCGUAAAAUAACACUGUACGGUUAGUAAAUAUUUAACGCCCAAUUUGUGGAAAAUCAUCUCUUAUAGAAAUGAAAAUAUUCCAGGUAGAGCGGAAUUUGUUUAUAAAAAAUUUCUCCAUGCUUUUUCUAAACAAUGUCUUGUGUUCAACAAUGACACCACUACUAGGUUAAAUGUUAAAAUACAGCUCGUAAAGGCUAUGUCAACUUUCGAAAUAUACAAAGUUAUGGUGAAGUACAUACUACAAGAAGACCACAUUUUCAAUAAAAUAAAUUACAAGUGGAGUAAGUGAUAUUUCGAUUUUUGCAAUUUUCUAGAUCACCGCGAUUCAGCUCUUAAUAUGGGAGUUUUGAGGGUUGUCCAUUUGUGAAUUGCAGGCAUUUUUCAUAGGAGUGAAAUUGCUUGAUCCUGAAAUUUCAGUUAAAACUUUUGAAUUUCAUUAUUAAAUUAAAUUUUCCACGUAUUCUUUGGCGACGGUCGAAGAUAUCGAUCCUCCUUGUCGCUUCAGAUUAAAUAUGUGUCAUACUCUGCAAUAGCAACAAGUAUAGCUGAAGUUUUUGAAAUUCAAUGACCAGUGUAGGCAUCAGAAUUUUUUUUCCGAAAUCAUUUAUUCCGACAAUAUCUAUAUCAUUGUGAUUUUAAUGAGUUUAAUGAAUAAAAUGAAUAAACAUAUAAAUUAAUCAUUAAAAAUGUAACCUUCAAAUAAGAUUCGUCUACAGCUGUUAUGAAUUGAUUAAUUUCCCCUCAAUUGCUUAGAAUAGUUUCCAAUUGACGAUUUGUUGAAAUAUGGAACCAGGUUGGUAAAAUUUUUAAAAUCCACGUUUAUUGCGCCUCUUUAAAAAGGUAGCCAGUUAAAAAGGUAGGGUCGCUAUAUCGAAAGGUAAGUGCCGUAAUGACUUGAAGUGAAAAAAACUAUAACUGAAGCGGCCAAAUGACAAUGCUGGAAGUUAUUUUUAGGUUUCUAGAAUGACCGUAACUUCAAAAUAAUUUUUAAUUCUUUAUUUAUAAUAAGCAUUUUGUUAUCCUCAGGCUUCCUGAUUCUCAUUUUUUGUUUUAAAAGAUAAUAUACGUUUUUAAAUACAUUUUUAGAAUUGUUAAAAUGUAAAAGAUAUUUGAGAAAUAUAUUCAACCAGAUAUCUUCUGGUCAUUGACUUUGCGAAGCGAGCUGAAACGGUAUUUUUCGAUUAAGUUGCAUACCCUACAAGAUUUUUUCUUUCUUAAAAAGUUGUUACUUGGAUACUAGUUUCAUAAGACUAAUAGGCGAGACUUGCCGGAAGUAGAUCUUUGCUCUGUAUUAUAUAUAAUACGGUAUACCGUAAUAUUUCAGAAAGUUGCGUUAUCCGAUUAAAAGAUGAUUUUCUUCAAAAUUGAAUCCUAUUUUAAAAAGAAGUUCUUUAUCAUGAGAAUUAACAUCAUCUUUCAAAUCUAGCGAGUUUAGUUUACGCGAUCCGAAAAAUGUUUAAGAAACGUUAUGAACUUUCCAAGCAAAAUGUUAUUGGGAGUAUGAUUUAAUAAUUUCAAAACUUUUUGAAUAGUGUGGCGGUGCACAAGUUAAAUAAAUUAAUAAAUUUAGAUAAAGUACUUAGUCGCCGACGAAUGUAUUUUAUACAUAUCAGUAUUGAAAAUUUACAUUAAAUUUAACUUAAGGUCAAGAUCCCUUAUAAUCAUACAGAUACAAUGAGAUUCACAGUUAGACUUGAACUCAAGGUUGCCGGUGAUAAAUAGCAUGUUAUGCAAAUGACAAAAUUUUGUGAACAAUGAGAACAUGAACGCCUAAACUGGCAGCUAUAGUGAAUCACCCUAUAUAUUACGCCAUUUUUAGUUAGGUGAAAUAAUAAAAAACUAAAGGAUCCACAUUAGUUACGUGAAGAUAUGAUCAUUUGUCUAGUUAUUUGUUUUGGGCGAGCUAGAGUCAUUAUAUGCCUGAAAUUGUUUUAUUCCUACGACAUAUACAAUGUCACUAAAGUCGGUAUCGUAUGGGAAUGUAGUUUUUUAUGGAGUUGAGAGCCAAAUUUUGUUUUUAAAUAUUUGUCUUUAUCUGCCACAAUUGAUGUUUUUUGCAAAAGAUAUUUAGAAUUUUUUUUUUUAAAUAUCUCAAAAUUUUAUUGUAAAACGUUCUACUUAAUUAAACUGUUUUUCUUUAAAUUCAUCCUAAACAGUCUAUUUAAAAGGAAGUGUUCAAAGGUUGAUGCCAAUUUAAUUGGUUUUAAUAUUUGAUAUACAGGGUGAUUCAAAACAAAUGCGAAAAACUUAUGGGGGAAAUUUCAACAAUAAAAUACUAUGGAAGUAUUACAUUCUGUAUAUAUAUUUUUUUAUUGAUUGAAAAAAUUACUUACCGCAUUAAUAAUUUUUGUCUUUAUUUGUACGUUCUUUUAUAAUAACAAAUGGAAAUUUCCUAAAACAAUGACAUUUGUAAAUACAAAAAUUGUUUCUAAGACCCGUUGAGAAUGGAAGUGGCAAGUUUGAUCCCUUGAUUUUGGGGCACUUGGCAGGUAUUGCGAUGUUUUGAAAAAUAGGUGGGUUUCUAUGUAAUGCUCUUUUUUGUAAAAUACUUAUAAAACGAUGAACAACAUUUGACAAAUUAUUAAAUUAUGCUCUUGAGAUGUGCGAUUUGCAAUCAUUACACAUGUAUAUUAUCUAUAAUUUAUUAACUAGUUAGUGUACGAAAAUAGAAUAAAAAUGUAAACAUAUAGUAUAUAAACUUGUGAACAGUGGUAAAGUUUAUAAAAGGCAAACGUUAAACGUAAAGGAACUCAUUUAUAUUUUAACACAGCAACGAAUAGAAAUACCUCUUAUCUUUCUAAGGUUAGGGUAAAUGGAGUUAAAACCCUUUCAAAAUGACCAAUCGAUAAUUUUUGUUUUUGUAUUUUGAUAGGCAAUAGCCACGUACUAUAAAAGCGUAGGUGCUAGGUGCUUGAUAUUCAACCAGUAACCAACUAGAAAUAUUAACAUUUCUCAUAGUAACUAACUCCUUCCUCCUUUUUGAUUUGACCUGACGUAGUUACAAGCGGUUAAAACAUUUUUGAGCAGUGAGCCCUAAAUUUUGAUUUGUGGGUUUAAAAAAUGUAUAUAGACAUAUUUUUCUAAAGUGAUACACGUUUAUUACUGGUGUCAGUUAUUUAUUAAAUGAAUGAGUUCCUUUGCUUUUGGAAAUGAAUGGUGCCUUGGCUGUUAUGUUUAAUCAGAAAACACAGACAUUUUGGUUAUGAUGUGACAAAAUCCAGUUGUUGUAACUAUCUCUG